ACUUAUAACAUUCUCGUCAGUUGCUGUUUUCCUCUCCGUCGGUUUGCAUGCAACUAACUUUGAAGCGGACAGUAUACGAGUCUGUGAAAGGCGCGCGCGAAACCUGUGUCCAAUAGUGUUCACCUGAGGGGUGACAGAUUAUUUCCCCCGUGGUGACAAUCCCAAAUUGGCCUUCGGAGGAUUUUCCAUCAAUCGAAGGGAGGAAGGAUUUUGUUUUGUGUUAGAAUAUGUCUCAGCCACCAGUUAUUAGAAACUUGAAGGAGUUUCUCGAGCCUGUUCUGGAUUCGGGAACGACGGUAUUAAAUUACCGGUCGAAGUUUUUGACUGUUCCGGGAGAUAACUACGGAAGCACGAUGCUUGCAUUGACAGUGGAUAUAGCAGAUGCUAAUAAUGAGCCGAAACAGCUACAGCUGGUGGCAAAAAUGAGGCCCACCAGUGAGGAGUUUUUCGAUAUUUUCCAAAUAGACGUAACGUUUGUCAAGGAGGCAGCCGUUUACUCGCAAAUCAUCCCGGCAAUGGUGAGCCUACAGAGAGAAAUGCAGUUUCCGGCGGAGGAGAUGAUCGACGUGUUCUGUCGGUGCUAUAACACGAGAGUUUCGCUGGAUCCGCACAGCAUCAAGGUGGACGCGGAUGGGGUGAUGCUUUUCGAGAAUUUAAAGCUGGCGGGCUACAUUACCGCGGAUCGGCGGAAAGGCUUUAACCGAGCUGUGGCAGGUUUCAUUUUGAAGAAACUCAGCCUUUUCCACGCCAUUCCGAUUGCGAUGCGCUACCUAAAACCAAACACAUUUGAAGGAAACGUUCGCAAACACUUAGUCAAAAUUGAUAUAGAUGCUGGUUUGAAAGAGGGAGCCAUUGAGAGGCUGGUCGAUGUAAUUCAUGCCGAUAUUAUCAAGGCGGGAGUUGCGGAGGAAAUAGUUAAAAAACUGAUGAUUCUGAUUAAAGAUUGCCGCCAGCGACAAGCGAAUUUGGUAUCAGAUGAGGUGAAUCAAUUCUGCUCAAUACUACACAAUGAUCUGUGGGUUAACAACAUCAUGAUAAGAUAUGAUGACAGUGGAAAACCAAGUGGAUUAAAAUUGGUGGACUUUCAGUUAAUUCAGUUGGAUUCUCUUGUGCGGGAUGUUCUAUUUUUUCUGCUUACCAGUGUUUCUGAUGCGGACCUGGAGAGUGAUAUGGAACAAUAUUUCGAGUUAUAUUUCGGAAGUUUACGGAGCCAUUUGAUUAAGCUGAGAUGCCCCAACACAAGUCAAUUCAGUUAUCAAAACUUUCUAGAUGAAAUCAAUUGCAUCGCACCGCGCGAAUUCUAUCACAUAGUCAGCAUGCUGAGGGUGGUAAUGGCCAAAAAAGAAUUCAUUCCUGAACAAAGCGAGCAGGACUCGGAUUUAUUCUCCGAUGACAACAUUGUAGAAGAUGAUUACUUUGAUAAGCUGCGGCAGGUGGUGAAAGUAUACAGCAAACGUGAGUGGAUCUAAUCUGGCGGCGAAUGGAGGCAUCACUCUCCCGUGUGUAAGCUAUGAUUCAGCCAAUAGUCAUAAAUAAAAGAUACUGCAGUAUGAUAUCAACAUUUUGAUCCUAGAACAAACGACCAGUUGGAACCGUGCAUUAUAUUGUUGCUAGAGGGAACCCUCUCGAAGAAUACUGAAACAAAGUUAUGAUGUGAUGUUUCAAAGAUCUAUAUAUUACAGGUUUGCAGCCAAAGCACAUAAUGUUAUGAACCGAAGAAGAUUUAUGAUGUAUGAUUUUAUUCAGUUGUUCGAUGUUCAAAACUUUGAUGCAGUGAUAUGUAAUCAAGAUAUAACUAUAAUUGAAGAUAAACAAUAGUGAUGAUUAGAAAAUUCAUGCAAUAAUUUCAAGUAGAAUAUAUGAUUAUAGUCUGCAUGAUUAUUGAAUUUACGGUUGUUACUCAAUUAUUGCAAUAUACAAAAACAUGAGAACACCAUGUGUAACAUAAAGCUGUUUAGAAAUAUUUAACUCAGAAUGUCACGUUUUGCGUCGCGUCACUUCAACUGUCAACGCGUGUUGGAACGAUCGGCUGAUGCAAUCGCGUCACCGUCAACGAUUCCGACCCAGUUUAUGCGGUAUAUACAGAAAUUGUUUUUUUCUUAGAAAGAUUUUUUUCCCAAAAUACAAUAAUUUUCGAUAAGCGAAAUUAAUCCAUUAUUCGUUCUCAGAAACAAUAUCAGAGCUCGAAA